AUGAAGAGUCACAUGCUAGUACAUACUGAUGAUAAACCUCAUGAGUGUCCAGAGUGUGGAAAGAGAUUCAGUAGGUUUGGAACUAUGAAGAGACACAUGCUAAUACAUACUGAUGAUAAACCUCAUGAGUGUCCAGAGUGUGGGAAAAGAUUCAGGCGGCUUGGAAACAUGAAGGCACACAUGCUAGUACACACUGAUGAUAAAACUCAUGAGUGUCCAGAGUGUGGGAAGAUGUUCAGAGGGCUUGGACAUAUGAGGGGUCACAGAGCAGUGCAUACUGAUAAAAGGCCUUUUGAGUGUGCGGAGUGUGGCAAAACAUUUAAGGAUCGUGGAAGUAUAAUACAUCACAUGAUAGUACAUUUGGGUGAUAAAUCUCAUGAAUGUCCAGAGUGUGGGAAGAGGUUCCGUCAUCUUAGAAGUGUGAAGCGUCACGUGCUGGUACAUACUGAUAACAAACCUCAUGAAUGUCGAGAGUGUGGGAAAAGAUUCCGUGAUCUUGGAAAUGUGAAGAUCCACAUGCUGGUACAUACUGAUGGUAAACCUCAUGAAUGUCCAGAGUGUGGGAAGAGAUUCCGUCACCCUGGAAAUAUGAAGAGCCACAUGCUGGUACAUACUGACAGUAAACCUCAUGAAUGUCCAGACUGUGGAAAGAGAUUCCGUCAUCUUGGAAGUAUGAAGCGUCACAUGUUAGUACAUACGGAUGAUAAGCUUCAUGAAUGUUCAGAGUAUGGGAAAAGAUUCCGUGAUCUUGGAAAUAUGAAGAUCCACAUGCUGGUACAUACUGAUGGUAAACCUCAUGAAUGUACAGAGUGUGGGAAAAGAUUCUGUGAUCUUGUAAAUAUGAAGAUCCACAUGCUGGUACAUACUGAUGGUAAACCUCAUGAGUGUCCAGAGUGUGGGAAAAGAUUCAGGCAGCUUGGACAUAUGAGGGGGCACAGAGUAGUGCAUACUGAUAAAAGGCCUUUUGAGUGUGCCGAGUGUGGCAAGACAUUUAAGUGUCGUGGAUAUAUAAUACAACACAUGGUAGUGCAUUUGGAAGAUAAACCUCAUGAGUGUCCAGAGUGUGGGAAGAGAUUCUCUCGUCUAUCAAACUUGAAAAAGCACAUGAUAGUACAUUCGGCUAAUUGGGUAAACAUUUAG